UGUGACUGUUGCUUUUGCAGGUGGGCAGGAGAAGGGAAUUCACCAUGGCCUUGGCAGACAAUGCAAGUUGUGCCAAACCCAGCGACGACAUGGUUUUCCCAGAGAUCGUAGAGCUGAAUGUGGGAGGGCAGGUCUACAUCACCCGCCACAACACCCUGAUCAGUAUCCCAGGAUCGUUGCUCUGGGAAAUGUUCACGCAGAAGAAUAUCCGUUCCUUAGCCCGGGACAACAAGGGCCGGUUCUUUGUGGAUCGCGAUGGCUUCCUGUUCCGCUACAUCUUGGACUAUAUGAGGGACCAGCAACUUGUGCUUCCAGAGCACUUUCCAGAGCGAAGCCGUUUGCAGCGAGAAGCAGAGUACUUCAAGUUGCCGGAGCUGGUCAAGACCCUGGCCCCCAAGCUCAGCAAGCAGAACUCCAUUGGGGACGAACCCUGCCAAAGUGACCCAGAGGAGCUGUCCCCUAGUAUGGACACUGCCCGCAACCUGGCUGCUGCCAGCGCCAUCCUGGCAGGUGGCCCUGGAGGUUCCAUCACAGCCAUGGCUGGUGGCGGCACCGGGCAGGAUAUCCGGAGAUCAGGCUUCAUCACCAUUGGCUACCGGGGCUCAUACACUCUUGGCAGGGACAGCCAAACAGAUGCCAAAUUCCGCAGGGUGGCCAGGAUCAUGGUGUGUGGUAAGACCUCCCUGGCCAAGGAAGUCUUUGGGGAGACACUGAACGAGAGCAGGGACCCUGAUCGGCCGCCAGAGCGCUACACCUCCAGGUACUACCUCAAAUUCACCUUCCUGGAGCAAGCCUUUGACAAACUGGCUGACUCUGGCUUCCACAUGGUGGCCUGCAACUCCACGGGGACCUGCGCCUUUGCCCACGAACAGACGGAUGACAAGAUCUGGACCUCUUACACCGAAUAUGUUUUCUACCGUGAGUGAUGCUUAAACCAAAACCAAACCAAAUUGCACCAAAAGCCAAUUCUCCCUCGGUCUUUCCCAUGCCGCCAUUUCUUUAGAACGUAGAUAACCAUCAGACCCUUGAACCUUGAAUCUUCACUCCUUCCUCACUUUCCAAACUGAACCCUCUCUGGCUCCUCCCCGAACUGGUUCCCAAGUAAUGCCAAACCUUCUUUCCAGCAAUAGCCGACAGUAGCUAGCAACAUCCCCCGGAUCAUGGACUUGGACACUGUUGUUUGGGGGGGAAUGUCUUUGUAUUUGGGGUGGGGUUGCGUAAUCUGCCAGUAUUAACCAGUAACGCAGCAUUACAUGGGGUGCCGCUGGAAUGAGAUUUCUUUCCAUGCUAUGGGCAUGCUCCUUGCUCUUUGCUCUGCCUGUGCUGGAGGAAUAUGCUUAUACUUGCGCUAAAGGAAUGUGGCAGGGAUCCUGGUCUGCAGGAUCCUGGUCUGGCGGAGGGAUGAAAAGUGCAAAGGAAUCCUCCCUGCCACAGACAUAUUAACAAUAGCCUCUGUAAGCAGCUUAGCAUUUAGACUGCCAGUGCUUUGAAAGGUGAGUGAGCAAGUGUGUGUCCCAUGUCAUUGCAUCCCCCACUAGACAUGUCGCUGUCGCUCAGAGG